AUGGCGGCGCCCGUCCUGCUGCGAGUGUCGGUGCCGCGCUGGGAGCGGGUGGCCCGAUCCGCCGUGUGCGCGGCCGGCAUCCUGCUGUCCCUCUACGCCUGUCACCUGGAGCGGGAGAAGGGCCGCGAUCUCCACUACCAGGCCUUGUGCGACCUUAGCGAGAGGGUUCGCUGCUCCGCCGCCAUCACCUCCAGAUGGGGUCGAGGAUUCGGUCUGUUGGGUUCCAUCUUUGGGAAGGACAGUGCAAUAAAUCAGUCCAACAGUGUUUUUGGACUUGUGUUUUAUAUACUACAAAUGCUACUUGGUAUGACAGCAAGUGCAGUAGCAGCUCUAAUCCUCAUGACAUCCUCCAUAGUGUCUGUAGUAGGGUCUUUGUACUUGGCGUACAUUCUGUACUUCGUGCUGAAGGAAUUUUGCAUUGUCUGCGUCAUCACAUAUUUGCUGAACUUCAUUCUCUUUAUCAUCAACUACAAACGACUAGUUUAUUUGAACGAGGCCUGGAAACGGCAACUCCAACCCAAACAGGAGUAGCGCCUGUUCGAACUUGUGACUGACAGCCUGAAGACCCAACUUCCAUUAAGUUUAUUUUGCAGUAAUUUUUUAUUCUCCAUAUCAGACGCUUUCCCUGAGAUUCAUAACUGAAUUUUUAAUUAGAAAUUGGAAGGGGCCCUAGAUAAUUUUUUUUUUUUGUGCUAAUCUUCAAUUUAAAUGUGGUUGUGAAAGAAAGCUGUAAAGCAAUCAAAGACAAGCUUUAACUUUACUUUGAAGGAGUUCUAGCCACAGCAGAACCUAGACUCUCUCCUCCCCCUCCACUUGUAAAGUGGGCAACACUUGCUAUAAAAUAUCCUGUAUAUAAAUUCAGGUAUAACGAGAUGUGAUCAUGACAUUAAAUAUUCUAGAAUAGCAUUAUGAUAUUUAAUGUUGCCAUGUUUACAGUCUGUGUAUUACAUUUUUUUUUUAUUUUUUUUUUAGCUGAUGGACUUAGAUUUGAUUAGGACUUAUACUGUAAAUAAACUUAGAAAUCUUGGUUUCAUCCCUGGAGAACUCACUGUACAAUCAGUUUUGUUAGCCUAGGAGCUUUUGGAGUGUUCAGCUAACAGUCAACUGACGUGAUGGAAGAAGUGACCUCUGUAGAGCACCUUGUUGGGGCACUCACUGCUGGUGCUUUCACAGAAAUGACGGUUGGGUUUUGUUCCAUUUCUCCUGUUCCCUCCUGAAAAUGGAAUUAAAGCUGAAACCUGAAGUAUGUUCAUCAAACCACAAUUUCAUUCAUUUCUGUACAGAAUGAAAACAGCUCAAUGUGGUCGAUAGAAAGUUACCAGCAGGAUGUGAGAUACAGUGUGGGCUCUUGGUGUAGCAGAGCGCUCUUGUUCCACGCAGCGCUUCAUUUUAAAUUGCGGUCAGACAGGCAGCGUUACUCACGUUUGGUGUUCUAUGAAUGCUGCAGCGUAGGAUUGCAAUCUGCAGUGGAAACCACUGAGAGAGCGGGAGAACCAAGUAGUGCAACCGAAUGAGCAGAUACUGAAUUGAUCUUUGUCAGGAUCUUUGGUUUGUGCUAUGUUGGGAAGUGAACUUUAGGCCUGACACACACAGGAUCCUUUGGAAAGGCAGUCUGUUUUGUGGGAUAAGUAAAAGUGCUCCUGAAAUUGAAAUUUGAUGCAGUGCUAUCAUUGCUCUUUCUAAUAACUAAUUAAAAAAAAAAAAAACUGCAGAUUUAAACAAAGGAACAAAAUUGUAAUGCUGUUUCUGCUCGCAGUAUUCUAAAGCUGAAUGUUAAAAGUGCCUUCUGUCUUAAAAUCUUAAACCAAAUACUUAGUGUUGAACUUGGCAGACAGAAGUGUCCUUGCUUUAAAAGUGAGCAAACAAACAAAAGCCCCAGCAAAUUUGCUGGACGUAGAAAAGAAUUAAGAAACCUAUUUUAGUUUUUAGACUGAGAAGUGGUAGCAAUACUGAACCAAUGUGAUAGGAAGUCGGUGAUGUCAUUUGGAAAAGUGAAAUGCUUGUGUUUGGAACUCUGUGACACCAGAAUAUUCAGCUACGUUCUGUAAUUGGUGCUGUGCUGCUUUUUGCCCUUGUCAGCUUCUAAAUACAAAGAAUUCCAACUGCAUACCUGUUUAGUUAAAGAAUUAGUUUAACUAAUCUUAGGAUUGUUUCUUAAACAUGAAUGUCAGAAAGACACUUACGUUGUAUGGCUAAGUGGAUUACAAACACUAAGUUGCUGAGGAUGAACUUGACUGUGAAACAUACAGUAUUCAGUAGAGAAAAUAGAAUUUUUAGGUUGAAUUCACAAAAUAGUAUUUGCUACUGAAGUAAUUUUCUGGUUUGUAUCAAGGAUGUAGGUGGAAACUGCUUCUGUGUAUAGAGUUCUGUGGUAUGAGUAACAUCUGUUGCAUGUAACACUAAAUUUCUUGUCCCUCUUGUCUAACGGUUUUAGACAAUUCAUUAAAUGCAUUUUGUAUUGACCAGAGUAUAGUUAAAGCUUGUCUUGAUGUUUAGUUCUGUCUCUCAAAUGCCUUGAACUCUGACGUGAGGGGAGUGAAUGAUGCUGAACUGGUCCCUCAAGGCUCUCCUCUGUUCUCUUAGAAGCCUCGAGGCAGCAUCACCAGCAUCCCUGGUUCAGAUGUUGUAUGGAUUUAUUUCGGUGCAUUCCUGUGAUUCACACUAACGCAUCUUUUCACUGGAGGAAGAGGUGAACGUGUGCUGCCUGACACGGUCAGCUGCAGUGCUGAUAGCUCAGAGCAAGCAGCAGCGGAGACAAGUGUAAUCAGUGAUUACUUGGUCCAAUUUGGGGUGUCAUGCACACCCAAGGGGAAGAAGAAAAAGGAAAAAAGCCCCAUCAGCAGAAAGUAUAGGUGUUGACUAACUCGCUGUGUCUUGUGCUUGUCUGUGUGGGCAUAGUCUGUUAAUUCAGUUUGUUUAGUAAAAUUGUUUAGGGCCAGAUUUUCAGCAGUCCUGUCUGCAGUUUGUGUCUGUGUGCACAUUGAGGUCAAAUGAGAAAUCUGUUUGGUCUCUGGAAGAAUUUGCCGCUGUAUUUUGUGCACAAUCUUGCAAAUCUGGUCCUAAUUGUGAACUCUCCUGUCUUGUGUGCUUCUCUUGCAGUUCCUUUUUACUGGAAGUGAUUUGCUAGAAAUGGCCCUAACUCUUCUACUUUCUCGUGCUUCAGAAAUGCAGUUGGCCUGAAUAAAGGGCAGAGUUAAUAUUAGCAGUAGAAAUUUGGACCUUUUUGCAUCCAGAUCUUUGACUUUUUUCUCACUGCUACCAAGGAUAGCAACAUCGUAUUUCUUCCAGUAAAAUGGCUCAGAUUGCCAUUAGUAUUGUGAUAGAAAUCAGAGGAGUGCUUCGUGCAACCGUUCCCCUGUCUGCCACCCUCAGCCAGAACAAGUGUCCCAGCAAAGGUGUGAUCGAUAUGAAUUUGCCAUUUACAAAAGAAGGGAAGUUCUGAGGAUACAGUAGUACACUUAAGUGCUUGUUAAUAAUACUUGGUCUGGCAAAGGGACAAGGGGAGAGCGAGUCAUUACGCAGAUGCUGGUUGUGGCUUCAACCCCAUCAUAAUGGAGGGGGGAAAAAUUAAGAUACGGUAGUUAUGAAUUUGGGCCGUUGCCCUCAGCCCUCCCUGGCUCUCAGAAGCCCUGCAGGGAGGGGCAGAUUCAAGGAAGAACAACUUCAUCCCAAAAGCUGUUUAGGAAGUAAACAUUCCUGAAAUCCUCUUACUGUAAGGUACUUGAAACUCUUAAGGCCAAUGAAGCAUUCAAGUCUUGUUUAGGAAAUGAGUGUUCUUGGAACUUUCUUACUGCAAAGCGUUUGCAGUGCUAAGGAAGGCCAACAAAACAUUCCUGCCACCUCCGAUAUCUGAAGUGACAGCGAGUCUCUUAUCGGGAGAUUUCAACAUCCUGCAGAACGCGUUUGUCUUCUGCUGUGCCUCUGCUGAUUGUUCAGAGAGAUUGGUGAGGUGCUUUGGGCAGCGCUUGGGUCUCCUAAUUUAUAUUGGUUAAAGUUAAGGAGAGAUCUAAUAACUUCAGAUCUGCCAACAUUGUUUAAACGUGAUCUAGACAAAACUGGUCCAGAAAAGGUGAAGUAUUCUGUUACCAUAAAACUGUAUUAAGCAUGGCCUAAAUAUUAGGUGUGUAUUCUGUAUAGUGUGUUCCAUCAACUAUUUAUCACCAGUGCUUUAAACUCUAAACUAAACAUCCCUUUAAAUGGAGACAUUGGGCAGAUGUUCCUUUUAUCAAUAUAUAGAUGGAGAGAUUCUCUUAUUGCAGGCUUAGGAUAAGAUUUUGCUAACAGGUAAAACAAUGUAAAUAUGUAUGAAUUCUAUUUGUUGCACAUAACUUUUUGGUAUUAAAAAAAAAAAAUAAAUGUAGAAAUUACCUGUGGAUGUCUUGCUGCAAUCAUUCUUAUGCUGCAUUCAUGCAGUCCGAACAUAAGAGCUUGAAUGAACCCAAUCAGAGGCCUUUUUGGACUCAGUCUGAGCCUUAGAAACUGUUUUUAAAGUCAGUACUGUAAUUUCCUUUCUCCAAAUGUACCAAGUUGUGAUCUCUUUCAAAGCAAUUGUAUGCUAGCAGUAGAAGGGUUAAAGCACUUGGGUCCUCAGAGAAUACCCUCGUAUAGAACUGCGGCUUCGUUGCGUCUUGCUGAAUGUUGUGUGCACAUGAGUGUAUAACGGUUGAGCAGCAUUGAGGCUUUACUGUUUACAGUUCUUUCAGUAACAAGCAAAAAAAACGUUAAGUGUGUUAAUUAGUUCCUUCUUUCCCUGGUUCUUCAGGAGUUUUAACUCCACUCUGACAAAAUGACGGAGUGUCUGGAAACUGCUAUUUAUUUUUGUGGAUCUGGGGGGACAGGGAUGGCGGGGAGCAGAGAGGAUGGGAGCUUUGGGAGGAAGGCUUGGAUAGGUGGGUUUUGAGGUUACAGUUGUACUGAGCUGUUGAGAACAAGCAGGAACUGAAACUGAAGUGUGUGCUUUCCAUACAUGUGGAUAUUAAAUUUGGCGUAUGUUUGGUUGGACUGAAUGAAAGGAUAGCAUUCUCUUCUGAAACCAUAAGUCCUGAGCUUUAUUGUAGCUAUCUCAGCCCUGGUUUCUAAUGCACUAACAAUGUCAAAUCUUGAUCUGUAUUUCGAUGUGGCAGCUGUUGGUAUGUCAUACUGUCUUGAAAUGGGGAGGAGAAUGGUUUUUAAAAAUUAUCUAGAGGGUAAGAAGUUGACACUGAUUUCAAACAGUGGCAGUGGGCUUGAAUACACUAUUCACACUUGUGUCAGGCUACAUCUGAUCAAGUGUCUUUCUAAUAUUGAUAGACCUUUAUAUUCUGGGUUUUUAGUUAAUGACAAGGUCUGUAAACCGAUGAACGCUGGUAGUAUGUUGUUUCUUUUCCCCCUAGAGGUUCAAGUAGAAAUGGUUUCAAGUCUGCAGUUAACAUGUAUGUGCUUAUUCUGCACGUGGCAAUGGAAAGUGUUGUUGGGCUCUAAUGUGCCUCAUCUAAAGGAAUGAGAAGUUGGCCACCACGUAACACGAGCACAUUCUUUCUUGAGGUACGAGCAGAAGACCAGGUGCAGAAAAAGUUGGCGUAGCAACAAGUUCACACAGCACCAGUGAACUGGGAUAAUGAAACUAUUGUCCCAGAAUUCAGUGGGCAGCUCCUAUUUCUGUGGUUCUGCUGUGGGUGAUGCUGCUGCUGGGACAACCCUGCGAGCUUGCAGUAAGAAGCUGGCAGAUCUGGGCUCUUCUGUGAGUACUGGCACUACUUACUAUAGCCUAAAGUCUGGCCUUUAGAGUCCUCUAAGACUGGUGUGCAGCCUAAAAGGGAAGUUAGUAUACUACAUUACUCCCUACGUACACAUUAACUUACAUAUAAUCCUACUCCAGAGUGCUUCAGGCCCUUAUCAAAAAGGCUUAGAUUGAAUUUGCCCUCUAGAAUUCUAUUCCUGUAGAGCAGAAUGAAAACUUAACGUGAAGGAAGCUCUUCAUGCUGCAAGGUAAAGCUGCAUAUAAUUGUGGCAGUUCUGGUACUGUGAUUAAAUAGCUCUAAACAAAGUUCAGUUGAUGUAGUACCUACCUAUCCCACAUAUUCCACCUUGCUGCUGUGGUAUGAAUUCCAUACUGUAUUGGAGUAUGUUGGGUAUCCUCAUAGAACUAUCAGUUCACACGCUUCCUGAGUUGCUGUUAACUCAGAAUUCCUCAGCCAGCUGCAUGUGUUCUGUCCAGUUUUAAACAAGAGAAGUUACGUAGUCAGUGAUCCCGUGGACGACGUGCUGUGAGCUGAGUGGUAGCAGUUAGGGAAGUGUAACUGGAAAACCUCACUUGCAUUAGAGGGAAUUGAUGCUCACUUAGACUAGUUUGGACUUUUGAAGUCUUCUGCAUUGAUUUCUAUUGUAUUAUUUUUGUUUCGUUUUUUGCUAUAAACAGAUACCUCAGUCAGGAUGUCUAACUUAGCUCCUUGAAACUCUGAACAUUUGUUUUACUACCUGGAAACAGGAAGCCUACAGGCAUGGCUGGGCAUAGUAAAACUAAUGUUUCUGAUCUGCUUUGUGUCAUAGUAACUACUUUAGGUGGACUAGAAAUUGCAUUAGACUUGCAAGACUUGUGUCAGGCACAAAUAUUAUUUAAACAGGAAUUUAAUUAAAAAGUUCAACAUAGUACCCAGCUGUUAAUGCCUUUUCAUUUCAUUAUAGAAAGAGGAUAUGUGAUUUUAUUAUAGGAGGAAGACAGCUUGAUUCAUUUGCAAUCUUCCAGUAUCUUUCUCUCAGAACAAAUGCAGCUGACUUGGGCUGUCGUUGGCGGGUAAAUAUUCCUUUCUUGUUCCCCAAAACACGUGUGACCUCUGUAGAGAAGUUAUAAAAUAAAGCAGUUAUAUACAAAAUGCUCUUCUGUCCCCUAUUGUGAAUUGUUUCAAUGUAUGUUCUAAAUCAGGUUAAGUGGGAGAGACCUAUGCACUUCCUUCUACACGUCAGAUACAGCAGGGAUUUUGGCAAAGGUAAUUUGUGUGAUCUGGGCAAGAAUCACUGAUAGAACAGAGCAGUAUAGCUGCAAUUCAUUGCAUUUACAGCUGGAAGUUGAUGACAGUUCAUUCAGGUAUGUCUAUUAACUCAAUCAGUAUUGCAGCUUCAGCAGAAGUUACUUCUGCCCUUAAUGCCACCCUGUAAUUUGAUGAUGGAGAUGUCAGUUACUAAUUGUUUGGCUGUUCUAUCCCUUAGUGGUGCCCGCAUCCUUUUUGCCUAUUUUGGACUUGAUAGAUAACUAGAAUUAGUGACUGCAACAUGUAGAGAGACUGGAACUGCAUCUGUGUAUGUAAGUUUGUCUGAGUUUUUCUAUUGUCCUAUUUGAUCCUUGCUGACUGCUUCUCUCUGACAACUAAGCUUUUGAAUACCUAUGCUGGUGCUCUACAAAUUAUUUUAAAUGGUGAUCAUCUGCCUGUAUUACCACUGGUAGUUCACUGCCCUAGCUUGCUGUAGGUGGCAUAUGCACAAUUGGUUCUUUAGGUGUCCUGAGCUACAGCAGUUUGAUUUGUGUGAGCACACUGUAGUGCCCCAUACUUCAUAAAUGAUUUACCUUCUAUUAACAGUGGGUUAAGUGUCACAGUAGGCCGUUGUCAACCAUUGGGGUAUCUGGCCCUCCACUGCUAACUCUCUACACCAAGUUAAUAAUACAUUUAUUUAUGGUGCUGCAUUAUUAAGUGCAGUAGCAGAUGAAAUAUGAAGCAAGCGAGACACUUCCCUAACAGCUAACUGAAGCUCUGACUUGAGGAAGGCCAAGAAAGAGAUGUAAUCUGUGUCUGCUUAGAAGCUUCCCUUGUGCUCUGCCCUCCUGCACUGUCCCAUGUUCCCAUGUUCUGGCUGGCAUCUUGGCAGGUGAAACAGCUGGGAGCUCAAGCUGGAGAAAGAGAAUGCAUUAAGCCCAGAAGGACCUUCCCUGCUGGCUUUAGUCACACUGGACUUUGUCACAGAAACCAGCUGUGUUCCAUCUCCAAAAGCAGAGGGUUCCUUUGUCCUACUCUACAACACAGUAUUCUAUGUGUCAUAAACCAUUUAUGCUUGGAGUGAGAAUGCAAAGUUAUUCAGAAUGUAAAUAUAAGCUUACCUUGAUUAGUCAUGAAAUCAGCAAAAUUCCAGAUGAGUUCCCCAAUCACAUACUCUUUCCUCUUUUUGUCAAAAACAGAAUGGUACUCUUUCAGCAAAGCUUUCUGAUACUCCUCACUGAACAUAGCAGGUGGAUCCUACAGCCAGGAAAAAGAGGUGACUUUAAAUGAAGGUAACUGUUAAUCUCAGCAAUUACAAUUGUUUGAUCGUUUCAUGGCCACUGCAUUAACAAUGGCUAUUUUACUAAAGACUCACAACUAAUGAAAUUGUGAGAGGAAACAAAAUGUAACGCCAGGUUUACCUCGGGGAACGUGUGUGGUUUUGCUUUACUAACAGUGCUUUAUUGUGAAAGGUGUAGGAGUGCCAUCCCUUCUUAUGGGCAGUGGUGCUGUGACAUGGAUGUCCACUCCCCACUGUUGCAUUUUCUUGCAAAUGCCAAAGUACAGAUUCAGACUUAAAUCUUCUUUGAGAGAUUUAAAUGCUGUAAGUUUAAGUUGACAGUUAGCUAUAUCUUGAUUGCCAGAACGAUUAAUUAUAAAGGGAAAAGCACACUGUAGUUUAGGACCCAAACACAGAAGUGUUAUUAUUUAAAUUUCACAUGGAGUGCAGCUAUACUAGCAGUCAGAGCUGUUGAAAACUGCAUACCUAGGGGAAAACUAAGCAGAGAAUGGCUUCAGGAUAUUUAACACUUACACUGUGAAGUCCAGGAAUAGAGUCAGCUCCAUAUUCACUCUGGAUGAUGGGUUUCUGGUAGGUUUUGUACCAGUUCUCAAACUGUGCUGUAAGUUGCAGUGGAAUAACUUCCAGAUGGCCUGAGUCAUGGUACCAGGAGAGGUAGCUGUUCACACAGAUUACAUCCACAUAAGGAGCCUACAAGAAAACCAAGGUGGGAGUGUUUUGUCACAGAGCUCAAUGUAUGCAAACAUUUGUGAACUAACCCUCAUUUUGGUUCAUUUCAUGGAAUUCAGCCUUUUCUCCUAUCAUUCUGGCCCUGCCAACAUGACAUGUUUCCCAUGAAGGAGAUUUAAAAGAAGUUAGAUUUUACAAGGUACUGGUGUAUUAAUUUGGCAUUUCCUCACAGUUUUAAGCCACAGUAAAAACGUUAAACAAGAUUAACCUAUUUUAUCCUUAGGUUUGUUAAAAGUUUUAAUGUUUCCAAGAUGUCUCUGGCUUGCUGGUACAUUAGACAUACUUACUGAGUAUUGGAAUAUGACGGUCAAGUUAGUAGUCAAUUAUUUUGACUGGCAACUAAAUUUGUGCAUCAAUGGUGCAACACUAAGAAUAAGCAUUCUGCAAGUUAUAUGCCAUUUCUACCACAUGGACAGUAUGAUAAAAGGGCACAAAGCCUACUAAAGAUGAAGUGAUGUUGUAUGUAACUUGUUCAAUGUUCUCUUAACAUGUUUUGUAAUAAAAAAGAAGUUCUAAUAUCA